AUGUUUCAUAUUGGCCAAACCACUACUGUCACCGACUAUGUCGAACGAUAUUCUACUAUUUUUGAUCAGCUCAAAGCGUAUCAGCCUAACCCAGACAUCCACUACUACACCACUAGAUUUGUCGAUGGGCUGCGGGAUGACAUUCGUAUGGUUGUUACUUUGCAACGUCCUACCAGCUUGGAUACUGCGUAUUCCUUGGCAUUGUUGCAGGAGGAAGUGGUUGAGUCGGUGCGCAAGCAUGAAUUUCCCAGGACGGGUUUCAAGGUCCAUCCCAAGCUGGCGUUGAUGCCACCGCGCCCCCAAGGCACUGACAAGACUGCAGAUGACAAAGUUCCUGGGAAGCCACCUGAAAACAAGUUCUCUGCACUACGGAAUUACCGUCGUGCCAGAGGUCUUUGUGACAUUUGUGCUGAAAAGUGGAAGACACACCUGAACAAUUACUACUGGCUCUGUCGCAUGAUGCCAAGAUGGGAUCAAAUGGUCAUCGUACAAUCAGAUUCCAUGUGCACCUCGGGUAUCUUGCAGUGUCAGUUCUCUCUGGAAGGCCAUCAGUUUCAGCAUGACUUGAGAAUUCUUCAGUUGGAUUCAUAUGAUUUAAUACUUGGGAUGGAUUGGCUUGAAUUGUAUAGUCCCAUGCAAAUUCACUGGAAAGCUAAGUGGUUAUCCUUGUCCUACAAUGGUGAUCCUGUGUUAUUACAAGGCAUUUCAUCGGAUACUGCUCCUGAAAUGGUGUUUCAGUUGCUUUCUGUUGAGAAGCCCGAUGGGAAGCCGCAUCAGGCCUGCCCCGUCGGGACGCUGCAGUACAACGCGCCGGAGCUGCUCGACGGCAAUUGGUACUACGGCCCGGCUAUCGACAUGUGGGGGCUCGGGUGCGUUAUGGCGGAGCUUCUCAGUGGUGAGAGACUGUUCCAGGCAGAGAGCGAGUACGAGAUGACUGCCGAAAUGUCCGAGUUGCGAGACAGGAUGACCUCUGCUGCGGGAAAGCUCGAGCCGGAGUGCUUGAAAGAUCUGUCGGAGGAUGGGCGUGAUGUGCUCACAGGCCUGCUGGCCUUCUGCCCGGAAAAGAGGCUGACCGCGGCGGAAGCGCUUGAGCACCGGUGGUUCAACAACUUCAAGGCAGCCUUGGAUUGA